AAGGUUGAGCUCCAUUAGCACCUGGUUUUGUUCACACUGAAUUGAAUGUAGAUCUGGGCUAUUUAUAGGCUCCUUAUCGUUCUGCAAACAGCGCAACAGCAGUGCAACCCCACCUGCCUUAUGUGCAGAGGAGGAGACUUUGCUUUCAUUUUCAGUCUUAAAAAAAGAGGCGAGGAAGUGAUUUAGAACUACUUGAGGGCUGGACUACUUCUGCAACUUGCACGUCCAGGAGCAGUGGUUUCUUGGUUUUAUUUUUUUUUUAUGUAUAGGAGGAACUGAUGGAGUUUUCCGAGCACAUUAAAACCGCCAAUGUGGAGGAUGUUGUGCUCCAUCAGCCGCUGCACCCACCGAGCAGAGGCACCCUGUGCAUCACCGGCCACCACCUGCUUUUCUCGGACAGAGAGGAGAACAGCACCCGGCAGAUCCUACUGCUCCUCAGGAACAUCGAUGCCAUUGAAAAAAGGAUAUCUGGGUCCUCGGGAACAAUCACAGUUAAGUGCAAGGACCUGCGUGUGCUCCAGCUGGACAUCCCAGGCAUGGAGCAGUGUCUCAACAUUGCACACUCAAUUGAGACCGUCUGAUCUCAGCUCACAGGACCAGUGGGGCCUGUCGUCCUCUGAAAAGUAUUACAGUGAACAUAAGGAGCUUCAUAAGCGAUGGAGAUUGAGCAGCGUGAACAGAGAUUAUUCAGUGUGUCCAUCCUAUCCUCCAGCCGUGAUUGUCCCCAAGGACAUAGAUGAUGACACACUGAAGAAAGUGGCUAAAUUCAGACAGUCAGGUCGUUUCCCUGUCCUCUGCUACUAUCAUCGUAAAAAUGGCAUGGUAAUCAUGCGUGGUGGUCAGCCUUUGACAGGAGCCAAUCGGAAGCGCUGCAGAGAAGAUGAACUCCUCCUCCAGGCAGUGAUUGACAGUUCAGACAAGGGUUACAUUAUCGACACCCGCUCCAGUCAGCAGGUGCAGCAGGCUCGGAUGACAGGUGGAGGGUUUGAGUCCAAGUCAUCCUAUAGCUGCUGGAAGAGACUGCACAGGCAGAUGGAAAAGGGAAAAGCACUCCAGGAGAGUCUAAUUAAACUGGUGGAGGCCUGUGGGGACGAGUCUCAAAAUAUGGACCGGUGGCUCAGUAAACUUGAGAAUUCGAAGUGGCUCUCUCAUGUCCAGACUGCUCUGUCAACCGCUGGACUGCUGGCAGAGUGUGUGGAGAGGGACGGUCAUUCAGUUCUGGUUCAUGGCUCUGAAGGAACAGACUGCACUUUGCUGGUCAGUACUCUGGCUCAGCUCAUCAUGGACCCAUGCUGCCGUACACUAGAGGGCUUCCUGGCAUUGCUGGAGAGAGAAUGGGUGCAGGCAGGACACCCAUUCCAGCUGCGAUGUGCCCACUCAGCCUAUUCCCAUGUUCGUCUCCAGCAGGAGUCCCCAGUAUUCCUACUGCUGCUGGAUUGUGUUUGGCAGCUCUGGAGACAGUUCCCCCUGGCAUUAGGUUUCUCUGAGGCACUGCUGUUGAGGUUGGCAACUGAGGCCUACUUCUCUAACUAUGGCACCUUCCUCUGUAACAACGAUCAGGAGAGGUGUGCUCUAGGUGUCAAAGAGAAGACUUACUGUUUGUUCCAUUCCCUACUGAAGCCCACAGAGAAAGAACACUACACCAAUCCUCUGUAUGAGCCCACAGAUCUGGCAAUCUGGCCCUCAGUUCAUCCUCAGUCGCUGCAGCUCUGGAGAGGGUUUUUUCUCAGGUGGACCCCACAGACUCGUCAUUUGGAGGAAGCUCAGGAAGAAAUACGGAACAUGGUCAUUGAGUGGGGGAAGGUGGCACUUAGCUGAUGAUUAAGUGGAGAAAAUGGGCUUUUAAGGAGAAAUGUGACCAGUGUGUAAUUGUUCCUCAUAUCUUUUAACAAUACCUUGUGUUUUGAAUGUAUACUCAUUUUUUUUACUUUCAUAAAAUUCUAUGUGAAA